UCAUGUCAGGGCUCUCAGUUUACAUUAUUCAUACGGAGAGGGUGUGACUUGUUGGCUCUUUUUCCGCCUGUAUAAAACGUCAAGUUCGCGUAAAAGAAAGUACUGAUGGAGAAGGCUAGCCGGCUCGCUGUGUCACAGAGAGUCCCCUUAAGCCUACGUGACAGCUCACAUACUGUCCCUUUGUGACCAGCUUAAUCGGCAGAAUGCCUGGUCUCUGUGUGCUUCGUCUUGCCGUCGCGCUAGCUGCGUUCACCCGGCUUGCCGGCACCGUAGGGCCGGUGGUCCGAUGCGAGCCGUGCGACGCAGUGGCGCACUUGCAGUGCAAGCCCCCGCCAAAGGACUGCGUGGAGCAGGUGAGGGAGCCCGGUUGCGGCUGCUGCAUGACGUGCGCUCUCGGCGAGGGACAGGCGUGUGGAGUGUACACGGCGCGCUGCGGCUCCGGUUUGACCUGCCGGCACCGACCGGGAGAGAGCCGACCCCUGCAAGCUUUGCUGGAGGGCCGGGGAGUGUGCUCCAGCGCCGCGUCCAAAAAACUCAACAGCAUUCUCAUACCGUCACAGAAGCAAGAGAACGCUGGAAAUCAGGUCAAAGAAAGCUGUGCCAAUGUGACCCAGACGAUGACAGUGUUGCCCAGUGUUACGACUGUAAAGGGUGGACACAGUCGGGGCUCGACGGACACCAGGCCUCCACUGCACCACAAACUGAUCCAGAAAGAUCAGAACAAGAAGACUCAGAGCUACAAGGUGGAAUCAGUGUCAGGGGGAGCCAAUAUGGACAUGCACAACUUCUCCCUGGAGAGUAAGAGGGAGACUGAGUAUGGGCCAUGUCGGCGGGAGAUGGAGAGCAUUAUCAACAGUCUUAAAAUCAGCAGUGUGCUCAACCCGAGAGGCUUCAACAUACCCAACUGUGACAGAAAGGGCUUCUACAAGAAAAAACAGUGCCGUCCAUCCAAAGGCAGGAGGCGGGGCUAUUGCUGGUGCGUGGACAAAUACGGGCAGCCUCUGCCUGGCUUCGACGGCAGGGAGUGGGGCGAGACGCAGUGCUACAACCUGGAGAGCAAAUGAGAGGCCGGGUGGACGAUGAGUGGACAGAGAGAAGAAGGACAAGUGCUGGAGAAGGGCAAAAGACAGAGACAAAGAAAGAAACCCUACUUUGCUCUUGCAUGUAGUUUUAUGUAAACAUUUGAAGGAACUCUGGACCUUUUGAUUUCAGGUCCCAUUUCUGUUGGAGAGGGAGGAAGAGAAGAGGGGGAGGGCAGGGGGCAAGGGUGGAGCACAGCCUCGGUGACCAGCCAAGCCUUCUGUCUGUCACAUCUGUCUGUCCUGUGCUUAGGCAACAUCCAUUGUUUCUUGAAAAAAUCAAAAAAAGAAAAGAUUAAGCUGAAAGCUGAGUGUGAAGGGGAAGAUGGAGAGAGCCCUGUCAUCUGCACUAUUCCCUUAGAGGGAGGGGAAGCAGGGGCUUUUCCACUCACUUUAAACAGGACUAUUUGUGACUAUGACCCUGGACUGCACCACCACCAUUUCUAUUGUGUGCAUGCCUGUCUGUGAGUCUGUGUGUCUUCUUGUGGGGGCACCUGCAUAACAUACAUGUAUGUGUGCACAGCUGCAUGUCUGUGCAAGAUGGUGACUGAGCGUGUGUGAAUAGUCUAUGUCACUAAGCUCAGUUUAGCCCCCACGUUAUUAAACAGUGCACGACAAAAACACUCUUGGGCUCAGGGUCCAGUCUGAAGUGAAGGAUUAUGGGAUACCAGGAUUUUGACUUCUUAUUCGGCAGGAUGGCUGCUGAGGGCUCCCCUUACUGCCUCGAAAUUCUUUCUUUGUGAUGCUAUGGGAGGGUGAAUGGAGGCAAACUGUGCAGUUACUGCGCCUUAAAACUGCUCUUUCCAACCCUCAACCCUCUAAGGUCAAUUAAAGGAAUACUGCACUGAAAAUCUUUUCAGUGUCAAACAUUUGGCUUGAACACAACAGGCUUGAAAGGUGGCUCUGAAAAGGCUGUCACAUGCUCCCAUAUGGAAGACGGCACCUGUAGUUUGCGGCAGAUACCAGUGGUGGCCAAGAGACUUCUAUAACCACUCCUGCAGCAAAACCUAUACCCAGCUGUUUCACCUUCAGGUUAGGUCUCUGGGAAGACAGUGGUUUGACAUCCAACACAAUAUUAGGUUAAUGUCACUGCACAUAUCUCUGGUUUUUGUCAGCAGCACUUUCCCACCCUAGACCGAGCAAGCAAAGUAUUCCUUACUGGGCAACCAAAAUAUAGUUUGUGUUGAAACUCAGGGUUGCUGUUUCCUCCUGUGUGAAUCCAAGCUACAUAUAGAUGCUGUUCUCAGUGAAAGAGCAGGCUUUUGUUCAAGCUGACAGGAUCUGUUAAUUUAGUAGUAUAAAUGUUUGAAGUAUUAUUUAGAGAUGCUCACAUGCCAUGUUGCAGUCUUAGAGAUCAGUUCAGUUGGAUUAGUCUGUCUUCUGUCUUAUUCCCAGGCUCUGCUGUCCACAUCCAUGUCUGUCCAAGCGCACUGUAGCUCUAACCUGUCUCUCGUGUCCUCACGCCAGCUUUGGUGCUGAGGUCCUCCUGCACCUCAGCCCUGUCCCUGUCUUUGUCUCUGUGCCUAAUCCCGCCCCUGGCUCCAGCCCUCUAACUCAAGCUGUCUUCCCCCCUCCAGCACUCUGCCCACCUACGAUCCUCUCUCUGUCAGUGGUGCAACCUGGUGUAGGCUUGUAUGUACGGAACCCCGCGUGAC